GUACGCAAACCUCCUCGUACAUUUUAACGACGAACGUUAGAGAGCGUAAAACGAUAAGUAUCUCCUGCCAAAACAGACUCUUUUACGUUGGUUGGUUUUGGUGCGUCAAUUCCUCACACACCGACGUGUGUCCAUCGUGGUUGUCAACCUCUCAUCUAUUUAUUCUAGAGACAGUCAAACUUUCAGAGGAAAAAGGGGGCAUCAUCAUACUUCGGCUCCCUCAGCUCACUCUAUUAACGCGCUUUUCACUCCUCUAGUUCAUAGAAAACAGAAGAAAAACCAAAUUCCUCCAUCUCUUAAAUCCGAAGGCCGUCAAACUCAAGAGGCCGGAAGGCUUAUUCUGGCGUCUCCUCAGAUCCACUUUUCACUCGAACGUCACGUGACUCGCGUUACAUGCACUACUUUUAAGCUUUUCAAUAAAUUUAGCGUCUCUUGUUUACGGUUUCAUUUUUGUUUAUCUUUCAGUUCCGUCGUCAUCUGAACGAGAAUUUUUCAGAAGACCUUUCGGCGGCAGCACUUGUGAUAAGUUUCCGGGACAAACAAUCCUGUGACUGUGGAGAAGGUUCAUGGAUUGUGGGACUGAUGAUGCUGAAUUUAGGAGACGUGGAUCAUUUGGUCAAGCAAGCAGUGCAAGUUCUUCAUUGGGAAGGUAUUCCUUGAGUUUGUCGCGUCCUCAACUGGAUAAUGGCAUUGAAAGUGAGACUGUUUCAGAGACAGGUGAUAUUGGGGAUCGAGCGCUUCACAACCGCCGGAACAGUGACAGUGGUAGCCUGCGGUUCUCUAUUGAUCAUGCAUCGGAGAAUGGAGAAACUAUUCCCUUUUCAGAGUUAAAUCUAUUGCAAUCUUUGGGGUUCCGGUCUCGUGAUCCCGCUGCACUCAAUGCAGUCAGUGUGGUGACACCUUUACCUGAGGAAAUCAUAUUUCGUCCCGCAACGCCAUUACAUUUGUCUGAGGAUCAAAAACAGGAGAAGGAGAAAGUGUUACCAUUGUCAUUGGAGUAUAUAUCAUGUCUUCUCCAUUUGGCUGUUUUUGGGAUUCUUGGGACAUUAACAAGGUAUUUGCUGCAAAAGCUUUUUGGCCCCAGUAUUGCUCAUGUGACAAAUGAAUUGAGCAUCCUAUACCUUGACCUUCCUUCUAAUAUGAUUGGUUCUUUCUUGAUGGGCUGGUGGGGUGUUGUUUUCAAAGGAGACAUUUCCAAAGUCUCUGAAUUUUUAGCCAUCGGUUUGACAACUGGCUACUUGGGGAGCCUUACAACUUUCAGUGGCUGGAAUCAGAAAAUGCUUGAUCUCGCCGUCAAUGGCAAGUGGGUGCAUGCUUUUCUCGGCUUUUUCCUAGGAUUGUUUCUUGUGGCCUACUCCAUAAUUUUCGGGAUUGAGACAGCCAACGGUUUCAAGUGGCUUCUAAAAAGAUUUUACUCAAGUACAAACAAAGAAAUUCCGGACUUGAGCAGCAACUGCAGAGUGGAUAGUUUAAAGCGUCAUUUGGCAGCAAUGGUAAUAUUGACUCUUUUGCUAGGAGUUUUAUGGUGUGUGAGUGGAGUGCUAAUGAAGAAGGAAUAUGAUAGUGAUAGCAGUGAGGCCCAGCUAUGGUUGAGUUGCAUUGUUGCGCCUCCAGGCGUCUGGAUCAGGUGGUUCUUAGCCCGACUGAAUGGACGUGGGUUAGGGAGGGCUGGUUAUCUGAAAUGGGUUCCAUUUGGUACUCUGAUUGCCAAUGUUUCCGCAGCUCUUAUCGUGGCAGCACUUGCUACUGUCAGGGAGGCGGAGAAUAAUAAUACCAGCAACGUAGUUGUCGGUGGCAUACAAUUCGGAUUUCUGGGUGGUUUGAGUACAGUGUCUACUUUUGUUGCUGAGUUCAAUGCAAUGCGGGAGAGCAACCAACCAUGGAGAGCCUAUGCAUAUGCCCUUGCCACAGUACUAAUCUCCUUUGCCAUAGGGAUUCCGAUGUUCUGUGUACCUGUGUGGACAAGGAAUUUCAAGUUCUGAAUGGAUUCCAAUUUAAACAGCUUUUUUGCUGUUCCAUAAACAAGAGCACAAUAAAUAAUUACAAGAUUUUGUUCCACUGCAC